UUCCCCUCAGUUAGGGGGGAGCUCCACUUUGAAGCAGGAGACUCCACAACCACCCUGCAUUAAAAAGGAAGAGGAGGAACUCUGCAUCACUCAGGAGGGAGAGUGUCUUCUAGGACGAGAGGAAGCUGAUUACACCAAGUUUCCACUGAGUAUUCUCUCUGUGAAGACUGAAGAUGAUGAAGAGAAACCACAGAUAGACAACCUCUUAGCUCCACUAUCAGAUAGUGAGGCUGAAGACGAGGUUGAAGAACCUUUGAGUAGCGAUAAAGACUGUGAAGGUGAUAUGAGGACUCACACUGACAACAAACACUCUGAAUGCUCUACAAAGAAGAGAGGUAAAACAUGUUUGAGCUGCUCAGUUUGUGGUCAAAGUUUUACUAAAAAGAGCAAUUUGACUCAACACAUGAGAACACACACAGGUGAAAAACCAUUUAUUUGUUCAGUUUGUGGCAAAAGCUUUUCUCAAAAUAGCUUGUUGAGUCGACACAUGAGAACGCACACAGGUGAAAAACCAUUUAAGUGUUCAGUUUGUGGCAAAAGCUUUUCUCAAAAUAGCUUGUUGAGUCGACACAUGAGAACACACACAGGUGAAAAACAUUUUGCUUGUUCAGUUUGUGGCAAAAGCUUUUCUCAAAAAAGCUCUUUGACUCAACACAUGAGAACACACACAGGAGAAAAAACAUUUAAUUGUUCAGUGUGCGGCAAAAGCUUUUCUCGAAAUACCUCUUUGACUCAACACAUGAGAACACACACAGGUGAAAAACCACUUAAUUGUUCAGUUUGUGGCAAAGGCUUGUCUGUUAACAGAUAUUUGACUGAACACAUGAGAACACACACCGGUGGAAAACCAUUUAUCUGUUCAUGUUGUGGCAAGAGCUUUUCUUUUAAGGGUUGUUUGAUAGAACACAUGAGAACACACACAGAUGAAAAACCAUAUAAGUGUUCAGUUUGUGGCAAAAGCUUUUCUGUUAAGAGAAUAUUGACUCAACACAUGAGAACACACACUGGAGAAAAACCAUUUACUUGUUCAGUGUGCUGUAAAAGGUUCACACGUAAUGCAGAUGCAGUAAGACACUUUAGAACACACAAGGGAAAAUAACAAAUUAGCUGUUUAGUUUGUGGUAUGUUGCUCAUAUGUGGUGACAUCCACCCUACCCAGGACCUCCUCACUGCUUCUUUCACAAAUAUCAAUCAAUCAAUCAAUCAAUGUUUAUUUAUAUAGCCCUAAAUCACAAGUGUCUCAAAGGGCUGCACAAGCCACAACGACAUCCUCGGUACAGAGCCCACAUACGGGCAAGGAAAAACUCACCCCAGUGGGACGUCAAUGUGAAUGACUAUGAGAAA